CCAUCCACCAUCUUCGAGGAAAAGCUCCAGAAAGCAUUGCAUAUACUCACGAAGAAAUAUUCAAUCCUAAAGGAGCAGACAAUCAUCAUGCAAUCAAGCAUGGUUUUGAAUACUGCAUAUUGCAAUAGGCUCAGGGAACAGCUAGCAGCACAAGAGGAGAGUUGGAAACGUACCGCGAAAGGCAAACUCAUGGGAGAUGGACAACCUCGACUCUUA